UAAAGGAAACACAUUUCAGUUCAUUUCCAAACAAAGACCCACAGCACAGCAGAUCAUCCAAAAAGAAAUGGCCACUGCCAGCAACUUCCUGUGUGAAGAGCAGUUCCAGUGCUCCAUCUGUCUGGAUAUUUUCACUGAGCCUGUUUCUAUUCCAUGUGGACACAACUUUUGUAAGGCCUGUAUCAACACGCACUGGGUGAACAAAGAGCAGUGUCAGUGUCCACUGUGCAACGAGAAGUUCAACAAAGGGCUCAAACUUCGUGUCAACACGGGAUUCAGGGAGGUUGUGGAGAAUUUUAAGGAACAUCAUUCCACAGCUGACAAUAUUUCCCCGGUCAAACCAGGACAGGUGCCAUGUGACUGCUGCCUUGGCAACAAGUCAAAAGCCUCUAAAACCUGUUUGGUCUGCUUGGUGUCUUAUUGUGAGACACACUUGGAGCCUCAUCUGAGAGUUGCAGCCUUAAAAAGACACAAACUGACUAAUCCUGUGCAUAACCUGGAGGACCAAAUAUGCAAGAAACACAACAGGAUGUUUGAGCUCUUCUGCAGAAACGACCAGAUAUGUGUUUGUGUCCUGUGUACAGAACAUAGCUAUCAUGAUACGGUACCCUUAGAGGAGGCCUGUGUGGACAAGAGGGUUCGGAUGGUGAAGAAAAAGGCAGAGGUACCCAAGAGUAAACACAGCCGUGGAAAGAAGGGUCAGAAGACAAAAGAGGCAGUGCAAACCAAGAGGAAAGGAAAAGCUGAAGCAAUCUUAAACUGUGUGGCGUCGCCUCACAUGCAAGCUCCUCUCUUUUGGCGGAUUCCACACAUAUUUAACAGAUAUAGCAAUGUUCCUGGAAACAGGGACUUUUCUGAAGGGAGAGUCUACCAAGAGGUCCAGGCUGAAGAAAGCAGCAACUCGGCUUUAGGAGUAGUCAGAGAGCCGUUGUGUGGGGUAAGGACAUUCAUACCUAACCCGAACCAAAACUGGGUCAUAAGGUUAGGAACUGACACCAACAGCAAUGCUCUACACAACUUCCCCGUACACCUCUUCUUGAUAGAGAAACUUGAAAGAGUCAUUGUGAUUGUAAACUAUGACAACGGAUUGGUGUCCUUCUAUGAUGCCGACACCGGAAUCCUGGCCUUUACUUUUAGCUGCUGCAAUUUCAACGAGAUGAUUUACCUAUUCUACUGCCCCGGUCCUACAGAGGAGGACAGCUGGGCACAAAGGCUGCAAAUGAAGGCUCAGAAGAUAAAAGAAUGGUCUCAACUUCCAGAGACCAUAUUGGUCUUUCGUUGUAUUGCCUUUUUCUUUGCAGUUGUUGUUUUUAUUUGUUUUGUAUUCACCCAAAUACUUAUUCUAAAUCAUGAAAUGAAAGAAAACCUCUUCUCCUUCUCCCUGCAGUAAAAAACUCACCUAAUCAACUAAAUAACAAAUGUUCAUAUACAGUAAGUCUGUAAAUCACAAUUCAUGUGUAAGAUGUUGUAAUUAUUACUUUGUAUGCUUAUUUUUUGAUUUUGUGUUGAAUUAUCAAUAAAUUAAUUGACAUACAGUUUCCAUCUGAAAGAUGUUGGUAAUAUCUUUCUGAAAUGAGCAAACACUGUGAGUGUGAUUUCUCAUUUAUGGUCACUGUAGUAACAAUGGUGAUAAAGGCUUUAUUCAAAUUCACCACUAGAGGGUGCAAUCCACUUACCCUUCAUACAAACAGCAGCCCAGAUAACCCAUUUAAUUAAUAUAGAGAUGACAAAAGAAAUGUAAAGUCUUAAUAGCUUGAUCAGUAGUUUACACGUCUUAAUUCUUAUACAUUUGUUACUAGAUACAAUAACCAAAAGUUGCAUUAAACACAAAUUUGAACUGAACAGGGAAAUUGCACUACAGUGGUCUGUCUGUAACAG